AUGGAGACCAGUCCGCUCCUGGGAAGAGCUUCUUGUCAGUCUAAGGAACCAUCGACUUGGCAUGAUUUUAUUGACCUUUCUUCGAUGGCAGCCCAAGUGAGCAUGGCCACACUAGCUCGAGCAGCACUUCUCGCGGUCGACUCGGUAUUUCUCGGGCAUUUGGGCAUUAAGGAGCUCGCAGCCGCUUCGCUAGCCCAACUCUGGACAACACCUGCUCUGUACGCUGUGUGGGCCUCUGCUUCGGCACUCAACACGUUGUGUGGCCAGUCAUGGGGUGCAGGUAAUCGAGAGCUUACGGGCAUUUGGCUGCAAUUUGGACUUAUGAUCACUACGGUGCUUUCGGUGCCUGUCUUGAUCUGGUACUGGUGUGUCGGUGGCAUUCUCCAGUACUCAACGGAUGAUCAGGAGGUCAUCGCACUUGCUACCACAUUUUCACGCGUAAUCUCCGCAUCAAUCCUCCCAACGCUUCUCUACUGCUGCCUCAGACAAUACUUGCAAGCAAUAGGGAUUUUACUGCCUACAACAGCAGUUGGAAUAAUCUCAAUUUUCGUGGCUGCCGCGAGCAACUCCGUUCUCAUAUAUGGCGUCGGUUCGUGGCAUGGUUUGGGCUUUGUUGGAUCGCCAAUGGCCACAGUCGUGGCUUCCUGGUUUCAGCCGCUCGCACUCUAUAAUUAUGCUAUCCUCUACAAACAUUAUCACCGUCGUGCGUGGUAUGGAUGGAACAUUCACGCUUUGACGCUUCGUCGGCUUCGAUCAUAUCUUAAGGUAGCUGGACCUAUUUCCAGCAACAGCUUUGUAUCAAACUUGGCUAAUGCUUUGGUGGCUCUAGUAGCAGCUAGACUUGGCUCCCGCAUCAUCGCUGCUAAUGCUGUUAUCUCGGGCCUGUGGUCCUUACUGUGGGCCCUCUUUUGGGGCUACGGCUGCGCCACACAGAUCCGUGUUGCUAACUAUCUAGGUGCAGGUAAACCCGAUUUAGCUCGCCGCAUCACCGGAUUGGGCUUUAGCUGCACCAUGGUCGUUGUUGCAAUCAUUGCAACCGCCACUGGUAUCUUUGGCAAUCGAAUCAUUGCCCUAUUCACGACAGACGAAGAGCUACUGACCACGUGCAAGCUCGUGUUGCCUAUUUUCAUUGUCGCUUGCGGUUUUGAGGCCAUAGAGAUACUUUGUGCUGGAGCUUUGACUGGAAUGAGCCAAGUGCACACUGUCUUCUGGACCAGCGCAAUCGCCACAUGGCUCAUUAACCUACCGGUCGCCUACGUAGGUGGCAUCACGAUGGGUUACAACUUUCCUGCGUUAUGGAUAGGAGUGCUAAGUAUGGAGCUCUUCAAGGUAACAAGCUACUCGCUAGUGCUCACUCGUGUCGAAUGGGACAAAAUGGCUGAACGUGUAAAGAAGGCAGCGGAAGCAGCACCGAAAAUGGAGCAAAGCACGGUACAAUGUAUGGCGUCCGCAGCUGACAUUCAACCAGCGACACCCAGCACGACGCCACCGAUUGUGCCUUCUCUCCUGACGCGCCAUCGUCGCAUGCGAAGCGAUGAGCUCCACUUCAACAUGGUAUCGGUGCGACCUCUUAAUAGCCAAUUGAUCAAGAGUAUGGAAAAUUAG